GAGCCGAAGAGUCUUUUGAGCGAGAGUGAGAGCAUUAAAGGCGAGCGGACACAGAGGGAGACAGUCCCGUGCACUCUCCUCUAACUUCGUCGUUGCUCCUUGUUGGUUCUGAAGGGGACGAGAGAGAGAGAGAGAGAGAGAGAGAGAGCGAUGGGCAAAGCCUUGCUUCUCGUCUUGGUCUGCGUUUCGUACCACCUGAGCUGCGCUUCGGCAUUUAACAGGUUCUCGGUGGGAGACGAGAAGGGGUGGAUUCCGGGCGUCAACUACACCAUCUGGGAGAAGAAGCACCGCCCCUUUCACGUCGGCGACUGGCUCGUGUUCUACUACCAGCCGCGGACGGCGGACGUGGUGCGGGUGGACGAGGACGCGUACGACAAGUGCGACGCCUCCAACCCCAUCUCCAACUACAGCAAGGGGCGGAACUACGCGUUCGAGCUCAACCACACCGGCCGCUACUACUUCAUCUGCAGCUACGGCUACUGCUACGAGGGGAUGAAGCUGUCCAUCCUGGUCGAGCCCCUCACUUCCCCCUCCGCCCCGCUCUCCGCCAAGAAGAAGUCCUCCGCCUCCGCCGCCGCCGCCCCGCCCAGGGCGCUCACCUCCACUGCCGCUCUCGCCGCCACUCUGCUCGCCGCCGCUCUUCUCCGGGUGCUCUGAUCAGUGUUCAAAGAACAAAAAAAGACAAGCAUUUCUUGAUUUGUUUUCCUCCUCUUCUUCAUCUCGUUCCUAUGUAUUUGGUGAUUCCGUGCGUCACUUUGAGAUUUGUGUGAGAGUUUGUGUGCGAUGUGUUGUAGCUUCUUCUCUGGUUUGUUUGCUGGGAUCAUUUUCUCUCUC